AUGUUAUGUCGUGAAUUUCCUCUUCGUAUGUAUGAAGUCAACCUCCAUAAUUUACUACCAGGACAGCUGCAGGGAAACCCUUUAAGAAGCUAUCUUCAACGAAUUUGCUGUGCACGAAAUAAUUCAGCCGAUCAUUUGGCAAAGAUUCAUCCGAAAGCAACGCUCGAUCUCCCUUCCCCGACGACCUCUCACGAUCCCACGGCAACUAAACCAGAGGUCUUCACCGUGUGGAUGAAGUCCUUGAUCAUGAACAGCAAGGGAUGCACCGUGUUCGACUCGAGCGGCGGAAUCGUGUACCGGGUGGAUAACUACGACUGCGAGCGAAGCAGCGAGGUCUGCUUGAUGGACCGCGAAGGAAAGGUUCUCAUCACCAUUCUUAAGAAGAAAUGUAGCUUGUUCAAGACAUGGAAGGGUUACGAUGGAUCAAUUGGGUCGGGGGAGAGGAGGACGCUGUUUCAAGUCAAGAAGCCAUUGAGUUUCAAGAAGAGAGAGUCGCUGUACGAGGUCAAGGUCUGGACAGACAAGAACCAACCUAGCUACUACUUCAUUCAAGGACAUGGCAACUCCAAGUCAGCCUGCAAAAUAACCAACAGACUCGGGGGUCUCAUGGCAGAGGUGAAAGAGAAGAAAUCGAGCUUGGGUGUUUCGCUGGGGGAUGAUGUCUUGACGAUGAGCGUGGAGCCAAAUGUCGACCAUUCGCUCGCCGCGGGACUUCUCGUUGUUUACGGACUAUUCAACCGCAGUUUGUGA